UUUCAACAUGAGGACAUCUCCAGAGUUUUUUUUCUACCUGACAUGUUUGUUCUUGGGGAAAAUGGCUCAGAUGAAUAAUUUCAUUCUCUGCGCAACUGUUUAUCAAGACAGCAGAUUAAUAUCAGUUAAUGUUGGUGACAACUUGACUUUGCAAUGUUUCUAUGACAGUGAUGCUGCAAAGUAUUACUGGUAUAAGCAAACACUGGGACAGAAGCUACAACUUAUCUCCAUUACCUAUAAGUUUGAUAAAAGCGGAACUUUCCAUGAUGAAUUCAAGGACAAUCCACGCUUCACACUGGAAUCUAAAAUUGGUGUGAAUCAUCUAAAAAUUUCAAAUGUGCAACUUUCAGACUCAGCUUCUUACUACUGUGCAAGAGGUUAUUCAUUUAUGUUUGAAUUCGCGGAGGGCACUCCUGUCAGUGUACAAGGUUCAGGAUUGAAGAUCCAGGCUUUUGUGAAUCAGUCAGGGUCUGAGACCAUCCAGCCAGGAGGCUCUGUGACUCUCAGCUGUACAGUUCACACUGGGACCUGUGAUGGAGAACACAGUGUUUACUGGUUCAAAGACUCUGAAGAAUCUCAUCCAGGACUCAUUUACACUCAUGGAGACAGGAAUGAUCAGUGUGAGAGGAAACCUGAGACACAAACACAAACCUGUGUCUACAACUUGCCCAUGAAGAGCCUGAACCGUUCUCAUGCUGGGACCUACUACUGUGCUGUUGCCUCAUGUGGACACAUACUGUUUGGAGACAGGAUGAAGCUGAACUUUGAGCAUAAGCAAGACUCUUUUCUCUUGGUGUAUUUCUUGAGUGGAGCUGUGGCAUUCACCACCAUCCUCAGUGUUUUACUUGCUUUCUUAAUUUACAAGAUGAUCAAGAGAAACAGCGGUUCAGAGUCCCAUGCAAGAUCAUCAACUCUCUCCACAACAAAUGCAGAGGGUUUCCGAGUUGCAGACAACCUCCAUUACGCUGCUUUAAAUGUGAGAGUGCCCAACAGAUCAAGCAGACAGAGGGACAACGCCAAGACUGAAUGUGUGUACUCCAGUGUUAGGCAGUAGAUCUGUUUCCAUUUUUACUGUCUUUGGUAGUAAUAUGGGAUUUCUCAGUUUCUCUUUAGAGAUGUAUCAUGUAUUUAUAUGUAGAUUUUAUCUAAAUAAAAUAUCUAACUGUGCAUCUAUGGCAGGGAUUGGCAGGUAGG